CAACAUUCCAGAUGGUUCUGGAAGGCUCACGAGGCUCGCGUCAGGGUAGAAAAGCCGCACAGCUGACCCGCUCACCACUAAACGUUUACCGGGUAGACCACGACUCUUGCGACCUCUACGGCUUCUCCCUCUGGGGCUCUCUUUAAGCUCAGGACCAAGAUGCCGGAAUUAACCGACCAACCGAUGGAGGAGGAGGCUGAGACCUUUGCCUUCCAGGCUGAGAUCGCUCAGCUGAUGUCCUUGAUCAUCAACACCUUCUACUCCAACAAAGAGAUCUUCCUUCGAGAGCUGAUCUCCAACUCCUCAGAUGCCCUGGACAAAAUCCGCUACGAGAGUCUCACUGACCCCACUAAGAUGGAUAGUGGCAAAGAGCUCAAAAUUGAACUAAUUCCCAACAAAGAGGAACGCACCCUGACCCUGGUUGACACCGGUAUUGGCAUGACCAAGGCCGACCUGAUCAACAAUCUCGGCACAAUCGCCAAGUCGGGCACCAAGGCCUUCAUGGAGGCCCUGCAGGCUGGAGCCGACAUCUCCAUGAUCGGUCAGUUCGGUGUGGGCUUCUACUCGGCCUACUUGGUGGCAGAAAGGGUGACGGUGAUAACCAAGCACAACGAUGACGAGCAGUACAUUUGGGAGUCCGCGGCUGGAGGCUCAUUCACAGUUAAGGUGGACAACUCCGAGUCUAUUGGGCGUGGCACCAAAGUGAUCCUGCACUUGAAGGAAGACCAGAUCGAAUACAUUGAGGAGCGAAGAAUUAAAGAGAUUGUGAAAAAGCAUUCGCAGUUUAUUGGCUAUCCCAUCACACUCUUUGUGGAGAAAGAACGUGACAAGGAGGUGAGUGAUGACGAGGGCGAGGAGGAGGAGGAGGUGGAGAAGAAGGAGAAAGAUGAUGAUGAAGACGAGGACAAGCCUGAGAUUGAGGAUGUUGGUUCGGAUGAGGAGCACGACCACGACAAAUGUACAGACAAAAAGAAAAAGAAGAAGAUCAAGGAGAAGUACAUUGACCAGGAAGAGCUGAACAAGACCAAACCCCUGUGGACCCGUAACCCAGACGACAUCACCAACGAGGAGUACGGAGAGUUCUACAAGAGUCUCACCAACGACUGGGAGGACCACCUGGCUGUCAAGCACUUUUCAGUGGAGGGUCAGCUAGAAUUCCGCGCCCUGCUCUUUGUGCCUCGUCGCGCUCCCUUCGACCUCUUUGAGAACAAGAAAAAAAAGAACAACAUCAAGCUGUAUGUGCGCAGGGUCUUCAUCAUGGACAACUGCGACGAGCUCAUCCCAGAGUACCUCAAUUUCAUCAAGGGUGUGGUGGACUCUGAGGAUCUGCCCCUGAACAUCUCCAGGGAGAUGCUCCAGCAGAGCAAGAUCCUGAAAGUAAUCCGCAAGAACCUGGUCAAGAAAUGCCUGGAACUCUUCACAGAGCUGGCCGAGGACACAGACAACUACAAAAAGUACUACGAGCAGUUCUCCAAAAACAUCAAGCUUGGCAUCCACGAGGAUAGUCAAAACAAAAAGCGUCUGUCUGAGCUGCUGCGAUACUACACAUCAGCUUCUGGAGAUGAGUUGGUGUCCCUGAAGGACUACGUGACGCGCAUGAAGGACAACCAGAAGCACAUUUACUACAUCACUGGUGAGACCAAAGACCAGGUGGCCAACUCUGCAUUUGUGGAGCGCCUCCGCAAAGCCGGCCUUGAGGUCAUCUACAUGAUCGAGCCCAUCGACGAGUACUGCGUCCAGCAGUUGAAGGAGUUUGAGGGCAAGAAUCUGGUCUCUGUGACUAAGGAGGGCCUGGAGCUGCCUGAGGACGACGACGAGAAGAAGAGGCAGGAGGAGAAGAAGGCUCAGUUUGAGAACUUGUGCAAGAUAGUAAAAGACAUCUUGGAGAAGAAGGUGGAGAAGGUCACUGUCUCCAACCGCCUGGUCUCCUCCCCCUGCUGCAUCGUCACCAGCACCUACGGCUGGACCGCCAACAUGGAGAGGAUCAUGAAGGCCCAGGCCCUGAGAGACAACUCCACCAUGGGCUACAUGGCGGCUAAAAAGCACCUUGAGAUCAACCCUGACCACCCAAUCAUGGAGACCCUGAGGCAGAAGGCCGAGGCGGACAAGAAUGACAAGUCUGUAAAGGACCUGGUGAUCCUGCUGUAUGAGACUGCUUUGCUCUCCUCGGGGUUCAGCCUGGAGGACCCUCAGACCCACUCCAACCGCAUCUGCAGAAUGAUCAAGCUCGGUCUUGGUAUUGAUGAAGAUGAUCUGACACCAGAGGAAGUCAACUGCGUUCCCACUGAGGAGAUGCCCCCUCUUGAAGGUGAUGACGACGACACAUCCCGGAUGGAGGAGGUGGACUAGGCCCGUUGGUACAGCCUGCUGCUGCUUAGAAGUUGUGUUGUAUAGGAAUUUAAAGUUUAAUGUUGUAAAUGACCCUGCCCUCAACCUCUUUUUGAACAAUUCAUUAUUUUGCUUUGCCCAUAUGCAUCUGAUUCAUUCCUUUUUAGACUUACAUUUUCUAAGUUGUUCCUUUUUGUAACUUAAGUUUUAUAAAUGCAUUUGUUUUGUAUUUAUCGUCAUUCCAAUGUUCUUUGUGUUGUAACUGUAAAUACUUGAAUUGAUACGGUUAUUUCAAAUGGGUGGAGCCCAAAAAUAAAGUUAUAUCUAGUUGAA